CAAGUUAAAAUAAUUGAUCAAAUUCUAAAAUAAGCAUUUAUUUAAAAAUAAUAUUUCGAAAUUUGAAGUUGAUAUAAUGAGGAUACUUUAUACUCAAACUAAUAACAUGCGGGAAACAAAAAAAAAAAAACAAAGAACAACAAAGUCGCCUAAAUUUCCGAAUCAACCAUUGUUUUAAUUCACUAUCUUCCUAACUUCAAUCCUUCUCUCUGUUUUUGCCUUCCAAAUUCAUCUUCCACAUAAUUAAAAACUUCUCUCAUUUGAUAGACAAAAAAAAAACAAAAUAAGAAAAUUAAAGCUGAGAGAGAAAUAAUGAAUUUACAGCAAUGGACACCACCUUGUAACAAGCAAUGCACCAAUAAAUUCUCAGCUCUCACCCAAAUUCCUUGGAGAGUUUUCUGCAAAAAAGCGUGUGAUGCUGAUGGCGAUACAUGGGAGGAAUGUUUGGAACAAUGUGAUGAGAUGUGCUAUAAGAGUGCUGUUCUGAAGGAUCAACAAUGGAGUGCUUAUAUUGAUCGUGCCCCCGGUUCUGCUAGCUAUUCUGAGGAUUGUCAUCGCGCUUGUGCAGCUGGUUGUGGUUUCAAGUUUGAUAUUCCUUCUGAGGAAGUAGAUAAAAUCCAAUCAAGCAGGUCCUCCAAGCUACCUGCAGAAGAGGAGCCAGCUGAUAAAAAUAAGUCAACAUAAACACAAUGCAGAACUUUUGUGACAUUUCCCACAACUGAUUGUGUAAUGUUCAAGAAUAGCAAUUAGUAUACAUAAUUUAUUCUACUAGGGGAUUACUCCUUUAGUUCAAAGAUUUGUUCUACGGCAGAUAACAUGGGGUGAAAGUUGAGUUUUGAGAUUUCUAGCUUCAUUAGCAUUUUACUUAUGCAUGUGAAAGUGCUGAUUUUUUGUAUAAUAGUUACUGUGAAAUUUUCUGCAAAACAUAACAGAAGCGAAAUUUUCACCAGGUUGUCCUUUUUGGGACAACUAUUUAGUAAAUGACCAUUUUCUCGAUUUCAACUUAU